UAACUCUCACGAUUCUGUCCAUUGAUGACAAAAUUGAUUAACUGACUGACUCUCUGAUUAAACAACAACUUCUCUCGCAGGUCAUCCUCCUGGUGAAGCAACGCGUGUCCUUCAUGUCCCCGAUGAAGCUGGCCAUCAUGCCCCACCUCCUGAAGGAACUCGAUUUCACAGUCCCCAUUGAGCCUGCCACGCUGACGUUCAGUAUGGCCAAGCCUACGCUGAAGCCCCGCUGGCAAAGCCUCUAUUAUCCGCUGACCGGUCAAGUCUGGGCUUCGAUCCUGGCCAUGAUGAUUAUCAUGCCCGUCGUUUUCAUCGUGAUCACCAAUAUCGGAAAUACCCGCGAGAACAAGGGUCUCCCUGGAAGGAUCAUCCUGGAAAUGACUGGAACUCUCCUUGGUCAGAACUUCACCAGCGAACCGUCCACGACGAAUUCGGCGAGGCUUCUGGUGGGCUUUUGGGUGGUGUUCGCCUUCAUCAUGGGCACGGCCUACAGGGGAAACCUAACCGCUUUCUUGACCAUACCCAAAUACCCGCCCAGGGCAGAGAACCUCCCGCAGCUGCUAGCGAAGAACGCCAAGUAUGAGAACCUUUUCUUAUUUACGACUUUUGCUGGCAGUUAUGCUAUAUUCGAAGGUGCUACAUCUAUAGCACCGUGUAGUUAUAAGCGAAUGCCUCCAGACGCCGUUGACUUCUACAACGGCUUCAAGCAGUCGCCCUCCAGCGAAUUUCGAACUCUCAGCGAAAGGGUGACCUUCGUAGACUCCUUCUGGGAAGGCCUGCAAAUGGCCGAGGCUUCCAAUUCAGCCUACAUGUACGAGCGACGCUUCAUGGAGCUGAUGAUAGCCCGUCACUUUACACCCCUCCAGUCAUCCAGCCGCCUUUACGUUGCGCGCCAAAACGUGUGGCCCGGUUAUUCGGCUUGGCCCAUCAUACGGGACGCCCCUUUCAAGCCUGUCAUUGACCGAUGCAUCCAGGCUUUUAAUGAGGCUGGCUUGAUCGAGAAAUGGGGUGACAUGGUCGUCGAGGAUGCUCGCCGAAUCAGCCGACAGAAGAAGCGUUUUCAGCAGCAACAGCAGGAAGAAGAAACUCGGGCGGGAGACGACGAGGAAAUUGAAGAAAAAGAAGAAGAGGAAGAAGCGAAGAGCGACCAACGCACAGAAGCAAGUCAGGCUUUGACCAUCGUCCACAUGCAAGGUCCGCUGUUCUUGCUGUUGCUGGGGCUCGAGGUUGCUGGCUCUGUGUUCGCUGUGGAGGUGAUGCUGCACGCUUGCUUCGUGCAGCGCUAAACUGGAAGACGAAGAAAUGUGGAUAAAAUCAACGGAUGCAGUCGCUCAGAAACACGUUAUAUUUCCUCGAGAAGCAAAUUAAGUAAAUAAAUGACCAUGAAAUCAUUGAAUCGUGACUGUCGUCGAUUUGGAUAAAGUAUAUAGGUAU